UUACAUGUAUGAAACUGACUCACAUUCUGAAUAACUGUAAAUAAAAUUCACAGUACAGAAAAACAAAAAAGGUAUUUGUAUUUAAGCAAAACAUAAUCAAGACAAGCCGGUACCGACCGGUAUACCGGCCGGUACCGGCGCCGGUCCGGUACCGCUAUGAAAUUUGUAUACCGGUGGCCGGUACCGGUAUCGCAAUUUUGAUACCGGUUACACCCCUGUCUUGUAUGAAGUUAAAAAAUUUCUUUGAAAAAAUAUUUACGGGACCACAGGACCGGGACCGAAAAUGAGUUCUUUCCACGGGACUGGGACCAAAACUUAUUUUGUUCACGGGACCGGGACCAAGAACGUUUGGUCCCGCAGACCUCUAAUUGGUGGUUCUCACUCUUCCUAAAUAAACUAGCCUUAGCCUCAGAGAAAAAAUUCAGUUAGGAGAAAAAUCUUUAGAUAUUGAUAUAUUUAUAAUGACUCGAACUCGUUAAGUCCUAGUAUGUCAUUUUGAUGAUACUGAUUGUCUUUCUUUUCUUUUUAGAAUUAUUUUGAAAAUGCCAAUAAUCAUCCGCGAUAUUAAUUGGGAAGAGACAGAUACAAAUCUUGUUCUUCACAUACCUAUGAAAGGAGCAAAAGCAAAUAAGUUGGAUGUUUUAUGCAGUAACAAAUAUAUCAAAAUUUCAUUUUUGCCGUUUAUGUUCGAAUGCUAUCUGUUGCAUCUUAUCGAUGAUGAUCAAAGUAAAACAAUUGUUAAAGAUGGUUUUAUUGAAUUAACAUUAACAAAACAAACCCCAGAAAGAUGGAAUAAACUCUCUCAUGCUGAUUCUGAUAACAAAGAGAUCAUGAAAACAAUACGUGAAGAUGCUGUUGUGUAUAUUAGCGAAAAAGAAAAACAGCGAUCUGAAAAAAAAUCAUCAUUAAUUACUUCAAAUAAACGGGAGUCAGUUCGAGAACAAAUCAAAACAGAUAAUGAUGAUAGAGAACGCAUUGAAUCAAUUAAAAACAACGAAAGAAUGAAAGCAAAUGAAGAAAUAAAACAUUUUGAAAUAAUACAACAACAAAAGAACAAUUUGUCAAUACAAAAUCCUGACAUCGUGAAAGAAGAGCGAUCACUUGUUAAGAAAGAAGUCACUCCGAGAAACGAAAAAGAUAUAUUUCAAAAUGGUGACGUUCGUUCAGUAGAGACAAAAUCUGACGAAUCCGUAGAUACAACACCAUUGCGUGACAGAGGACGAAUAGCUGUUAAUUUUACACCUCGUGUAUUUCCAACUCCUAUGCGUGAAUCACAAUCAAAUUUGGAACAAGACUGGCUUAGAAAACAAAUUGAAAGUCGCCAUAAGACAGAUGAUGAUUUUCAAACGGAUCUAUCCGAUAAAGAGAAAGAUAUCGAUUAUCUGAAAUCAAAAGCCAAGUACGCUUUGGAACUUUUAAAUCCUCCCGUGUUAGAUAAUUUACACAGUCGUCUUAAAGCACACAUUCGACGUGGUGCGGCGUUUUGUGAAAUGGAACUUUAUCCACAAGGUUUAUUGGAUUAUGAAGCGGCGUUAAAACUAGAACCAGACAGUGAACAAAUAAAAGAAGAUGUAAAACGAAUCAGAAAUUUUCUUGAAAAAAAUAUAACUUCUUAA